GCAUCUGUGCACAUUCACUAUGGGCUGCGGUGGAAGCUGCAGCAAGAGUACACCGCCGAAGCGCACGUCUUCAUAUCACAUGCGGAAGUUGCCAAAGGUGGUCCCGGAAGGAAUGGCUCUCCAGCCCGACCGCUAUUCCCACGAUGCCUACGUGAAGAACUUGAACCGGUUCUUGAAGAAGGUGAAGAAGAAUCCGUCCACCUUCAAGAGCUACGUGGAGAUCUCUCGCCUGGAUGAGUUCGAUGCCGUUGUCGUGCGGGAGGAAGAGAGCUGCGAAGCGGUGCGCAGCCGGACUUACUGA